GGGGAAAGCUGGGCUUCUCCCACAUCUCAGAUUGCGUUCUGGGGUUGGACUGACCACGAAGUUUAGCCAUCCAACUCGCCACGUAAGCGUUGGCAUGGCCAAUUCCUGACUCGGACCUUGGUCGCACUUAGUCGUGGGCCCACGUCGCAGAAAUUGUGGCCGGCAAGGUGCGCAUGGCUAAACCUCGAGCCGCAUGGCUAGACAUUGAAAUGUGCAAUUCCGACGUGGCGAGUCGCAUGGCUAAACUUCAUGGUCGGCCAUACUUCCUGAACGCGGCCUCAGACAUUGAGAUAACAGGGAGCUAUGUCACUUGGUCUCGUAUUUCCAGUUGAUGGAGGUGUUGAUUUUAGUCGAGUCGUUCCGCUAGUUUUAGCUCUCCUUACCGUCGAUGUUUUCUUAUCGCUAGGCUUCAGGAAGACAUCCUCACCGUCUGUGUGAGCUUAUAGCACCCACUGGGCCUGCUUUUGAGUCGACUCAAAAGCUUCCACUAGGCCUUUCGAAGAACGUUGAGUCUGCUCGCAUUUUCGGCUGCUGUCGCUCGGCCUCGCGGACCUUUCUGGCGAGAGCUGCGCCUGCGGUCGUUAGCGUGCUACUAGUAACAGGAGUAGUUCUGGGGUUACAGAUGGUAACCACGACGUAAACCGUCAGCUCGCGAUGGCGAAAGCUGGUCACCAGCACGGCGCUGGCGGCGACAGCAGGCUGCUAUCUCUCCCCGACGAACUCCUCCUCACAAUCCUCGGCUUCGUAAGCCAUUCCUCCGAUCGCUCCACCGUCGCUCUCUCCUGCUCCCGCCUCCGCCUCCUCUCGCGACGCACGCCCCACUCGCUCCGCCUCCAUUUCCGCACACGCGGAGUGGUGGGUAACGCUCGGGGAUGGCUGAAAAGUUUUGACGAUUAUUCAAGGGUAUUUACCCGCAUCACGGAUCUGACCAUGGAGAUCAGCGGUUUUGUCAGGAACCAGCUGGUGCCGGCUAUUGGAGCGGGCUGCCCGAAAUUGGAAAAGCUGAAGCUUGUAGCGCCGUGGGAUGACUUUUACACCAACUCUGCUGGAUGGAGAAGGCUCGCAAAGCAAUGCCCGCUCUUGACAACGCUGGAGCUCGACUGCCCAUACGCCCGCCGCUCGCAUCUGUCUGCGAAGACCAUCCUGCCUCCAGUGCACGCCUUCCCUGCCCUACACUCCCUGACCCUCCUCUUCCACCCCACUGAUUUCUUCUACCUCCCCCGCUGCUCCUCCCUCACCUCCCUCACCCUCUGGAGCCCCGAACCCUCCACCCUCUCCUCUCUUGCCUCCCACUCCUCCUCCUCCUCCUCAUCCUCCUCCUCCUCAUCCUCCCCCUCCUCUACCUCCUCCCUUCGCUCCUCCCUUAGAUCCCUCACUAUCCAUUCCGCCAAGCUAGAAUCCUCCCUCUCACCCCUGGCCUCCUUCCCCGCCCUCUCCUCCCUCUCCUUCCACUCCUGCAGCAUCGACCCGUUCGAGCUCCACUCCCUCUCUCGCUCCCUGCACACCCUCACCCACCUCACCAUCCACUCCUGCCCCCUCGUCUCCAGCCAUGCCCUCGCUUCCCUGCUUCAAGCCAACCCUGCUCUCGUCUCGCUCUCCCUCCAAGGCAACUCGUACCGUCUGUUCAGUGCCCUAGGCUUCCGCUCCCUACUCCACCUCUCCUCCUCCCGUCUCCGCUCCCUUCGCCUCUCUGGCCUCCCCUCCUUUCGCCCUGGUAUGCUUGCUCGCUGCAGCGGCCUGCAGUCGCUGACUGUGGAAGGAGGGAGGGAGGGGGGAGGAGAGAACCGGACUGGGGGGGGAAGGGAAGGAGGAGGUUGGCAGACGCAGAGCGGGUUUGUGGCUCAAAUGUCGCUGGAAAGCCUUGUAGGUAUGCUAGUGCGGGUAGAAAGGAGGGGUGGGGGGGGAGGAGGAGGAGGAGGAGAGAAUGCAAGAGGGGAGGGUGAAGCGGAGGAAAGCGAAGGAGGAGGGGAGGGAGGCGGGAAACAGGAAGGGAGAGCUCGUACAGGAACAGCAGCAGUGGCGGCAGCAGCAGCAGCAGGAGCAGCACCAGCGGUGGCGGCGGCGGCUGCAGCGCCAUUGGCUGCAGAAGUGACAGGAGCAGCAGAAGCAGCGGUAGAAGCAGCAGGGGCCAUUAGGAACGACGGGAGGGGAAGGUAUCUGGACAUACGCACAGAGGCAGCAGCGGCGCGUGCGGACCUGAUAGCAGCAUGUGACGACGUCCUCCAGCUCUUCAAAGCAGCCUGCGAGCUUUUGAAACAAGCACCUGUUGCGGCCCACUGGGCGCGCCAUGCACAGGGCAUGCGUGCAGUAGCCGAGAUUCAGUCCACGGUACUCAAGAUCGGGGCUGCUAUCUCGACCUGUCGGGCUGUGCGGGUGGCGAUCCGCGAGUCGGAUGCGGCGAUCGGGAGGGAAGAUGCGCUGACUGCAGCGUUUGCUGCUGCCACAGCUGCAGGCGUGUUUGUCGACAGGGAUAGUGAGAUCUUAGGUGCAUUAGAGGGCGAGGGUGAGGGAGGAAUGGUCCAGCUCGAAGAUUUUGAUGGCAUGCUGCCUGACGAUGACUUAGCUGCUGAUGGCGCUGAUGGUAGUGGGAGAGAGAGGGAGAGGGAGAGGGAGAGGGAGAGUGAGAGGGAGAGGGGUGUGGUUGACACUCAGGCACGGGCUCUGGAUACGCUGGAUUCGCUGAUGUCGCAGCUGGGUGUGCAGAGGGGUGCCAUGUUUGAUAGCUUCAGGUCCAUGCGCAUGCCUCGCAGUGCCGAACGACUGGCGGCUGGGGCUGCUGCUUCAGGUGGGGCUGCUGCCGCUGCUGUGGCUACUGCUGCUGCUGGUGCUGCUGUGGCUGGUGGUGGUGCUGGUGGUGGUGCUGGUGGUGGUGCUGGUGGUGGUGGUAUGGCUGCUGCUGUUGCUGCUGCUGCUGGUGUGGCUGCUGUUGCUGGCGCUGCCACUGCUGCUGCUGCUGCUUAUGCUGCUGCUGCUGCUGGUGCGGCUGCUGCUACUGCUGCAAACGUUGCUGACCUGGCUGAUGCUGCUGCUGGUGGAGUGGCUGCUGCUGCUGGUGGUUGGGCAGCAGCAUCAGGAGGGGCGGUUGCUGCAGCUGGUGUGGCUGCUGCUGCUGGGGUUGCUGCUACAACUGAGACUGCUGCUGGUGGGGCAGCAGCAGCGGGAGGUGCGGUUGCUGCUACUGCUGGAACAGCGGCAGCAGGCGGGGCGGCGGCAGCAGCAGGCAGGGCUGGAGCAGCAGCAGGGGGAGCCGCAGCAUCAGCAGUGCAGCAAGGGGCAGGGGAAACAGCACCUGCAUCCCAGCAUGUAGAAGGGACACGAGGGGCGGGAGAACGAGCUGAGAAGGUUAAAGGGGAUGGAGAGCAGCCAAGCAGCAGACGGCCACCAGACAGGCGAAGGUCGGUAAUCAGUUCAAAGUCCAGAAGAAAGUCAACAGGCGACUCCUCGAAGACAUCCGUCUCUGGGAUUCCUGUCGAAGUGAUCUGCCCUCCUCUGGAGUCCUUGAACCUCCAAGGCCUUCACUUCAUCACCACUCCUGAGCCUACCUGGCUGCCUGCAACCCUUCCUUCCGCAUCCCCCCUCAUGUGCCUUUCUCCCCCCGCCGUAGCAUCCUCUCUGUUCCCCCCGUCUUCCUGCUUCUCCCCUGCUCCGGGCUUAAGGCUGAGUGCUCGGCCGCAGUCGUUUGAGUCUGUGGCACGGGCUGCAGUUUUCGGGAAGCUGAAGCGACUCACUUUGGUGUGCUGCUCUGGGUUGGGGAAGGAACAGCUGCUGGAUUUGCUCCGUGCAUGCGUGGUGUUGGAGGAACUUAGCAUGCAGAAUAAUGGGACGAUGUCGGAUUGGGUGGUAGAGAGAAUCAGGCUGGCGAUGCUCAGGUGUUUGAAUGUGGUGGGAUGCAGCGGAAUUACUGAAGCUGGCAUAGGAGGGCUUCUUGGAAGCUUCCCAAGACUGCGAGAAUUGAAGGUCGAAGCUGGUAAGGUCUCUGAAAGGGCCCGGAGGGAGUUGGUCCGUGCUGAUGUGGUUGUGAGGGGAGUGCGGCAUGUGCAACAAGUGCAUUCAUGGGCCUGUGGUUUGUUUGUGACGUAGGUAGCUUCUUUUUGCUGGACUUCGUGGAAUGUUUAGGGUAGGGGUCCCAUUGGGUAUAAUUCUUUCGAUCUGCUCAGGGUGCUUGGUGCAAAAAAUGAAUUGCUCCAGGUUAGCACGGUGUAGGUGCAGGUGCUCUAUUGUAUCGUAUUGAAUAAACGGGUCAGUGUCGU